AUGUUGCUGAACCAUCUUCGUUCAUUCUCCACUUCAUCAGCAACCUUGUCCAACAAGAUCAAAGUCAAAAAUCCAAUUGUUGAGAUGGAUGGUGAUGAAAUGACGAGAAUCAUAUGGCACAAGAUCAAAGAAGACUUGAUCCAUCCCUAUUUGGAUGUCGAUUUGAAAUAUUACGAUUUAGGGAUCGAAAAUCGUGAUGCUACUAGUGAUCAAGUGACUAUUGAUGCUGCUCAUGCAAUUCAAAAAUAUGGGGUAGGUGUCAAAUGUGCCACCAUAACACCUGACGAAGCCAGAGUUAAAGAGUUUGGGUUAAAGAAAAUGUGGGUAUCACCAAAUGGUACAAUUAGAAAUAUUUUGAAUGGUACUGUUUUCAGAGAAAGUAUUAUCAUCCCCAGUGUACCUCGUUUUGUUCCUGGAUGGAAAAAGCCAAUUGUUAUUGGAAGACAUGCUUUUGGAGAUCAAUAUAAGGCCACCGACUUGGUUAUUAAAGAACCGGGUACUUUAGAAUUGAGAUUCACACCAGAUAAUGGUGGUGAAGCUCAAGUUCACAAGGUAUAUCAAUACACCAGUCCUGGUGUUGGAUUGGCCAUGUACAACACUGAUGAAUCAAUUAAUGGAUUUGCCCAUGCAUCUUUCAGAAUGGCAUUAAGUAAGAACUUGCCUUUAUACAUGUCAACUAAAAACACCAUUUUGAAAAAGUACGACGGUAGGUUUAAAGAUAUCUUCCAAGAAAUUUACGAUAAGGAAUACAAGGAGCAAUUUGAGAAACAAGGGUUGUGGUAUGAGCAUAGAUUAAUCGAUGAUAUGGUUGCCCAAAUGAUUAAAUCACAAGGUGGUUUUGUUAUGGCUUUGAAGAAUUAUGACGGAGAUGUUCAAUCUGACAUUGUUGCUCAAGGUUUUGGAUCACUCGGUUUAAUGACAUCAGUUUUGGUUACUCCGGAUGGAUCGGCUUUUGAAUCAGAAGCUGCUCAUGGAACGGUCACCAGACAUUUCAGAUUACACCAACAAGGUAAGGAGACUUCAACCAACUCAAUUGCAUCUAUAUAUGCUUGGACCAGAGGUCUUGCUCAAAGAGGUAGAUUGGACAAUACUCCGGAAGUUAUCGACUUUGCUGACAAGUUGGAGAAAUCUACAAUUGAUACUGUACAAGUUGAUGGAAUCAUGACUAAAGAUUUGGCCUUGACUAUGGGCAAAACUGAUAGAUCUAGUUAUGUAACCACUUUUGAAUUCUUGGAUGCAGUUGCAGACAGGUUGAAGAAAUAG